AUGGCCAAGAACAAGGAUGACAUAGAUUAUGCAACUUCACAGGCAAGACAUUCAGAAGACGAAGGAGUGAGAGUGCUCUAUAAACAUGGCACUCCGUUGGAAGCAGGAAAGAUUGCCGACUCUGAUCCCGUUGAUGUGUUUUCAAGUGCUCGCAAUGUUUCAAAGGCACAACAAGGCUCAGAUUUUCCUCAGUCUGAUCAGCAGCAGUCUCAGCUGCAGCAACAUAAGGAUACUUCGGAUAUUGAUACCAAAGAAGCAGAAAGAGAAGGAAAUUCUGCAGUGGAUUUCUCCACUGGUGCUCCUCGCUUGCCCAAAAAGGGUGCUCCAUCAGCUGGCUACGAAUAUUGAGACCACACUUGGGUACUUGUUUCUUGGGAUCAUGUUGAGUGAAUCCGGCUUUCUUGCUGUGUCUUGCCGAAUCAAGUUGGCUUUUUUUUU